AUGUCAAGCUUUUCAAAGGUUUUCCUGCGCACUUCGCGUGCUGCAGUGCAGUACCAGCGUGGCGUCUCGCCAGUGCAAAAUGCCUUGGGUGCGCAGGGCACCAGCAGGUGGAUGAACGGUGUCCGCAACUACGCCGCCUUCACACGAGACAAGCCUCACGUUAACAUUGGUACCAUUGGCCACGUCGAUCACGGAAAGACCACUCUCACAGCCGCCAUCACCAAGCGACAAGCAGAAAAGGGCUUUGCCAAAUACCUCGACUAUGGCUCAAUUGACAAGGCCCCCGAAGAGCGCAAGCGUGGUAUCACCAUCUCGACUGCCCACAUUGAGUACCAGACCGAAAACCGCCACUACGCCCACGUCGACUGCCCAGGUCACGCUGAUUACAUCAAGAACAUGAUUACUGGAGCCGCCAACAUGGAUGGUGCUAUUAUUGUUGUUGCCGCUUCCGAUGGUCAAAUGCCCCAGACACGUGAGCAUUUGCUGCUCGCUCGCCAGGUCGGUGUCCAGAAGAUUGUUGUUUUCGUCAACAAGGUCGACGCUGUUGAGGACAAAGAGAUGUUGGAGCUCGUCGAGAUGGAGAUGCGCGAGCUGCUCAGUAGCUAUGGCUUUGAGGGUGACGAAACCCCCAUUGUCAUGGGCUCUGCCCUCUGUGCCAUCGAGAACCGCCAGCCGGAGAUUGGUGUCACCAAGAUUGAUGAAUUGCUCGAGGCCGUCGACUCAUGGAUUCCUACCCCUCAGCGCGAGACUGACAAGCCUUUCCUCAUGGCCGUCGAGGAUGUCUUCUCCAUCGCUGGUCGUGGUACCGUUGUCUCUGGCCGUGUUGAACGAGGUAUUCUGAAGCGCGAUGCUGAAGUCGAGCUCGUCGGCAAGGGUACCGCGCCCAUUAAGACCAAGGUUACCGACAUUGAGACCUUCAAGAAGUCUUGUGAAGAGUCUCGCGCUGGUGACAACUCCGGUCUUCUUCUACGUGGUGUCAAGCGUGACGAAGUUCGUCGUGGUAUGGUCGUUUCCGUCCCCGGACAGGUCAAGGCUCACAAGAAGUUCCUCGUCUCCAUGUACGUCUUGAGCAAGGAGGAGGGUGGUCGUCACACUGGUUUCGGCGAGAACUACAGGCCACAAAUGUUCAUCCGCACUGCCGAUGAGUCGUGUGCGCUGUUCUGGCCCGAAGGUACCGAGGAUGCCCACGAGAAACUUGUCAUGCCUGGAGACAACGUCGAGAUGGUUUGUGAGCUCCACGCACCACACGUCUUGGAGACUGGCCAGCGCUUCAACAUGCGUGAGGGUGGCCGGACAGUCGCUACUGGUUUGGUGACGCGUGUUCUGGAGUAA